AUGGAACAAAGGAACAAUGUGACUGAGUUUGUUCUCUUGGGUCUAACUCAGAGUCUCAAUGGUCAGAAAAUAUUGUUCGUUGUGUUUUUACUCAUUUACAUUGUGACAAUGGUAGGCAACCUCCUCAUUGUUGUGACUGUUGUGGUCAGCCCCAACCUGGAUGCUCCCAUGUAUUUCUUUCUUGGCUACUUGUCAUUUAUGGAUGCUGUUUAUUCAACUACAGUUACUCCAAAUAUGAUCAUAGACUUACUCUAUGAGAAGAAAACUAUUUCCUUCAAAGCUUGUAUGACCCAGCUUUUCAUAGGACACUUAUUUGGUGGUGCUGAGAUUUUACUCCUGGUUGUCAUGGCCUAUGACCGCUAUGUGGCCAUCUGCAAACCGCUGCAUUACCUGACCAUCAUGAGCAAACGAUUGUGUGCUCUGCUGCUACUGUUGGCCUGGACUGGAGGCUUUCUGCAUGCUGUAGUCCAACUUCUCUUUGUGUACAACCUUCCUUUCUGUGGCCCCAAUGUCAUUGACCACUUUAUCUGUGACAUGUAUCCCUUAUUAAAACUUGCCUGCACAGACACUUAUAUCAUUGGCCUCACAGUGGUUGCCAAUGAUGGGGCAAUCUGCGUAGUCAUCUUUAUGCUCUUGCUCAUCUCUUAUGGGGUCAUCCUGCACUCCUUGAAGAAGCUAAGUCAGGAAGGGAGACGCAAAGCCAUAUCAACCUGUGGCUCUCACAUCACUGUGGUUGUCCUCUUCUUUGUUCCUUGCAUUUUUAUGUAUGUGAGACCACCUUCUACCUUACCUAUUGAUAAGUCCUUGACUGUGUUUUACACUGUAAUCACCCCUAUGCUGAAUCCCCUAAUCUAUACUCUGAGAAAUGCAGAGAUGAAAAAUGCCAUGAAGAAGCUUAGCCGCAAAAUCAUAAAUGUAUAG